AUGGCGAGCGAGAGUUCCCAAUCUUCCUCGCCGUCGCCGUCAUCUCUACCUUCUCCGUCGAUGGGCAGCAAUGUCGGCGAUACGUUCAUAGGGAGCUUCAUCAGUCUAAUUUCCAAGUACGAGAUCCGUUACGAAGGCAUUCUGUGCCAUCUAAAUGUUCAGGACUCUACGCUAGGUCUCCAAAACGUAAGAAACUGUGGAACAGAGGGGAGGAAGAAAGAUGGGCCACAAGUUCCGCCAUGUGAUAGAGUUUAUGAGUACAUUCUUUUCCGCGGAAGUGACAUCAAGGAUCUGCAAGUGAACCCUACUCCAUCUGCACAACCAAGACAGGAGAUUCAAAGUGAACAGAACAUCAAUCAGUCUCGGCCAGCUAUGAGCCCUCCGGUUUCUGGUUAUGGUUUGGGGAGAGGAGCAGAAUGGGGCCACACACCUGGUUUGACUAGUAAACCGGUUCCUGCCACUCAACAUUCACCGGUCCCUUCAGCUAAUACUUUUGAGGGAACUCAUAGUAAUGUUGGUCCGUCUAUGCCCAUGCCUUCUUUUGUGCAAGGAAACAGUCUAGCUUCUACUGGUGGUGUUCCUCUUAACAAACCGCAGAUUAUAGAUGCUUUUGCUUCACCAAUCAUGGGAUUAGUGAAUGAUACAACGCAGGUUGUUACUCGUCCAACCGACCUAGCUUCUAAUCCUAAUCCGUCAUCAUAUUCUAACCCUUCUCCUCUUGGUCAAGCACAACUCCAUACUCCACCUGGCAUUGCUGCUUCAUCACAGCUUUCUGCUCCUUAUGCUCAGAACAGUUACCCCAUUGCACCCCAGGCUGGUGGUAAUGGUUUCUUUGACUCUGCUGGGUCUAACCAUCCCAACCGAUCUGUACCUUCUGGUUCACCUCCUGGUCCGUUUUCGAACUCGCCUCCGUCAUUCUUCGGCAUGCAGCCGUUACAGCAACCUAGGCAGCAAAUGGUCAAUAGGGGUCAGGAGAUGUUUGGUGCAACUAACCAGGCAUCAGCGAAUGUGCUAUCACGAACAUAUCAAGCGCCGUUGCUGCCUCUUCCAGUUCCAGCUCACCAGUCUCGGAUCCCUAGUUCUAGCAUUGAGUACACUGAAGAAUUUGAUUUUGAGGCAAUGAAUGAAAAAUUCAAGAAGAGUGAACUAUGGGGGUUUCUCGGAAAAAACAAUCACAGGGAAGAAACUGCAGUUGAGCCAAGCGAAGAAGGGAAGACAAAGCCUGCUUAUAACAAGGAUGACUUUUUCGACACAAUCUCGUGCAAUCAACUUAACCAAGUGCCAAGAAGCGGACAACAACAACAACAACACACCCAGUUUCCCGAGCACAUGAGACAAAAUCCUGAGGUAUAUGGUAACCAUUUUCAAAGGCCACUUCCACCACAACCAGGUCAAGGUGCAUAUCUCGCUGCACAAACCAACUACAGAGGCGGAUAUGAUAACCAUAACAACAACUACUACUCAAACCCAGGUCACGGUUACGGUUACGGUUACUACUCUGGUGGGAGAGGCAGAGGCAGAAACCCACAUUUCUGA